GGAAAAAAAAGCCCAGAGCAGUAACGGAAACAGCUACACGCACAGUUUUCUCUGAAGUGUGACGACAGUUGUGCAGAACAGGGUUUUCACCACAGAGGACUUGUCAAAAAAGGUUUUCUUUGUUCUGCUUCUUCUCAAUGUCUCUCGUAUCUGCAGGGCGCCGGGUCCCGCUUCACGGGUGAUGCGUCUUGUUUCCCACCCUUCAUUUGUUCAUCAUCUCAGUGCUCAUCUGAGAUUUUCAAUGGAUGAAUAAAACCAAUUCCACUUAUUUCCCUUGUGUGACAAAAUAUCUCCAAAUCGCGCAGUCGCGAUGAGCGGUAAACGAAAAGACAGCUUCCUCUGGGGGAAAAAUGAAGAUUGCUCUGCUGUGGAGAAGCAGCAGCUCGAAGACUUCAAGAUGCACAAGAGUGACCUCAUGGAUGACAUUCAGAAGCUGAAGAGGGAGAUUGAGAACGUCAUGGCCGAACUCCAGACCAUUGACUCAGAUGAGGAGAAUAAAAGUAUCUUAAAGGAGAAGCAGUUCAUAUGUGGAAAGAAGAAGUUCAACAUGGACCCCAAGAAGGGAAUCCAGUACUUGGUUGACAACGAUCUGUUGGAGUGGACGCCGCAGGCUGUGGCAGAGUUCCUUUAUAAAGAGGAAGGUCUGAACAAGACGGCCAUUGGGGACUUCCUGGGAGAGAGAGAUGACAUGCAUCUCCAGAUUCUGAAUUCCUUUGUGGAGCUCCAUGAGUUUUCUGACCUUAACCUGGUACAGGGACUGCGCCAGUUCCUGUGGAGCUUCCGACUUCCGGGAGAAGCGCAGAAGAUUGACCGCAUGAUGGAGGCUUUCGCCACACGCUAUUGCAACUGCAACCCUACUGUCUUCCAGUCCACAGACACAUGUUACAUCCUGUCCUUCGCAAUCAUCAUGCUGAACACCAGUCUACACAACCCUAACGUGAAGGACAAACCUACGCUGGAACGCUUCAUCUCCAUGAACCAAGGCAUCAACAAUGGCGAGGACCUACCUGAUGAACUGCUAACGAAACUGUACGAGAGCAUCCAGAAUGAACCUUUCAAAAUCCCAGAGGAUGAUGGAAAUGACCUCACGCACACUUUCUUCAACCCAGACCGAGAGGGCUGGCUGCUUAAGAUGGGAGGCCGAGUGAAGACAUGGAAGAGGAGGUGGUUCAUUCUAACAGACAGCUGCCUGUACUACUUUAAGUAUACCACGGACAAAGAGCCCCGAGGUAUAAUUCCCCUCGAGAACCUGUGCGUGAGAGAAAUAGAAGAUCUAAAUAAACAAUACUGUUUGGAGAUCUACAACCCCAAGAGCAAAGGUCAGAAGAUAAAAGCAUGCAAGACAGAAAACGAUGGCCGAGUGGUGGAGGGAAAACACCAGUCCUACAGGAUCUCUGCUAGCACAGCCGAGGAGCGGGACGAAUGGAUCCAGUCCAUACGAGCAAGUACCUCAAAGGACCCCUUCUAUGACCUGGUGACAGUUCGCAAGAAAAAAGUAAUAAGCAAGGCACAGAAUGACUAAACACGAGGGAAAUAAAGUGAGGAAGAGGAUUAUGGCACCUUGACUAAGGUCAUUUAACUUAACAGGUGAGACAGGUGGAGAGCCGAAGGCACCGCUUCCCUCUUAGCGCAUCGCUGUAAAACAUGUCAUCUCCAACUUCUUACGUUUUUUUUUUUUCCUUCAAACUUCUUUGUGCAAUAUAAGCCUGUAGAGUUACCCGCUACAGCGAGGUGUUCGAACAAAACAUCAGCCAGGGAUCCGAUUCAGAAUUUAGGGUACCGACCCAUCACGGCUGGUUGAACUUUACCUCAUAACAUGUGAUGUGAUGGGGUUUCACGACCGUCACACUAAGCUAAUUACAUAGUUGCCAGUAUUAAAGGUAGACUAGAACAGAUUUAAAAUGAAUUAUUUGUGUAAAUGAAGCUCAGAACAAUGUAAAAUGUCUGUACUGCUGUACUUUCUUUAAUCUUUCCUGUGACCUUUACAUUUAUUUAGAAACAAGAAUGCGCAUAUUUUUCACCACAAAUAAUUUUACUUUGCACUGACACUUACACACACACAUAUGCUGUAUAUAGAGAGUUGAGAUUCUACUCUUUACUUCCUCAAAGUUGAAGAGGAGGCGCCCUUUUAUUUCUGAUCUGUAAAUAUAUAACGUGCACUGAUGUCUUAACUAGUGACAAAAAAGUCUCUUCUUCACCUUAUAGACAUGAAGCUGUAGACACUUAUGCGAUUUUUUCCCACCUUUGACCUUGUAAAUAUAAAGUAUUUAAUAAAUUAAUGACAGGGUGCACUGACAAUAGCAAAUUGUGUAAAAAUUCCAGAGCAGUACUGUGGAGUUCAGACCGAGCAAUAAACGUCUACUCUUGUAAGCUGAUGUGUCUCUGUUCACAAACAAAAGUGUCGGCAUAGUGCAAUUUUAAUGUAAUGUACGUCAAAAGAAAUUCUCUCUGCUUCACAGCGGACGUGUUCAAAUGUUGAAACGUUCAAAAUUUAAACUGCUCUCUGGUUACUCAUACCGAACAAUAAAUAGUCAUAUUGAACAAUAAAUGUAUCAGCAGAAUACUGAAGUACGUUAUGGUUUCCUUUCAUAACGUAUACCUGGCCAAAAUGCGG